UCGCCCGUUAAAUGGGGCCCGACGAGAGCCGCGGCCACGGGCGGCGGCGCCGGGAGCGGCGGGACGGUCCGGGCUCGGCACCGGGGCUCGGCACCGGGGAUCAGCUCCGGAACUGGCCGGUACCAGGAUCGGCACUGAGCGGAUCCCUCCAAGCCCUGGCUCCGCUGCCGGUGGGCGCCAGGACGCGAACCCCGAUUGGAAAACCGGGAUAGAGCCCAAAACCGAGCCCAGAGCCAGCGGAAAGGAGCCGGGAAACAGCGGGAUGGGACCAGGCGGCACCGGGACAAGAGCGGGAACGGCCGGGAGUGGAUCUGGGACCACCAAGGUGGGCUGUGGGACCACCGGGCGCAGACCGGGAAGCACCGGGACACGCUCCGGGACCGCCGGGAUCCUCCUGCUCCUUGUGGGAGCGGCGGCGGCGACAGCGACACCGAGCGCAGCGCCCCCGCCGUGCCCCCCGGACCAGCUGCACUGCGGGGACGGCUCGUGCCUGUCGCGAUCUUUCGCCUGCGAUGGGGAGCGCGACUGUCCCGACGGGGGGGACGAGCUGGGCUGUGCCCCCCCGCCCUCGCCGCCGCCCUGCGCCCCCUCCUCCUUCCGAUGCCGGGAUGGGAGCUGCGUCCCGCGGCUCUGGCGCUGCGACGGCGAUCGCGACUGUCGCGACGGGGAUGACGAGGAGCCCGAGCUGUGCGGGACCCCCCGGCCCCCCCGCGCCUGCCCCCCUCUGCAGUUCCCCUGCGGGUCCGGCGAGUGCGUGCACAGGCGGUGGCGCUGCGACGGGACCCCGGACUGUCGCGACAGCUCCGACGAGGAGGGGUGUGCCGCGCCCCCACCGUGUCCCCCCGGGCAGCUCCGCUGUCGCGACGGGCGCUGCAUCCCCGGCGCCCGGGCCUGUGACGGGACUCCUGACUGUCGCGACGGCGAUGACGAGGAGGAGUGUCCCGACGCCCUGCCGUGCCCGCCCCCGCACCGGUUCCGCUGCCGCUCGGGCGAGUGCAUCGCGGCGGGGCAGGUCUGCGAUGGGCGGCGCCACUGCCGCGACUGGUCCGACGAGCCGCUCAAAGAGUGCGGGGUGAACGAGUGCCUGGCAGGGGGAGGGGGCUGCUCCCACAUCUGCCGGGACCUGCAGGUGGGCUUCGAGUGUCUGUGCCCCCCCGGCUUCAGCCUGGACUCCGACAACCGGACGUGCCACGGCCCACCAGGGACCCUCCUGGUGAGCACCCGGCACCAGGUGCUGGCGCUGGGGGGCUCUGAGCCCCAAAUCCUGCAAGGGCCCCUCAAGCACGUGGCUGCGCUGGACGUUGGCAUCGAUGGGGGGUCCCUGUUCUGGGGGGACCCCAGCGAGGGGCUCAUCUACAGAGCCCCCCUGGCCGCGGGCCCGGCGGUGCCACUGGGGGUGGUCCUGGGCCCGGGAUCCCCCGGUGGGAUCGCCCUGGACUGGAUCCACCUUCUCCUGUACUGGACCGAGCCCGGCUCCGGCCGCGUGGCCGUCGGUGACUCCUCGGGGACGCGCCAGCGGACCCUGCACCAGGACCCCCGCACUCGGCCCUGGGGAGUGGUCGUGGACCCCCUGAACGGGUACCUGUACUGGUCGGACUGGGGGUCCCACCCCCACAUCGCCCGGGGGGCCCAGGAUGGGGCCCCCCCCAAGCCCCUGGUGACCGAGGACGUGGAGCGGCCCCAGGGGCUGGCGCUGGACCAGUCCUCCCAGCGCCUGUACUGGACUGACGGCCGCCUCCACACCGUGUCCAGCGUUGCCCUGGAUGGGAGCGGCCGCCAGACACACCUGAGGGACCCCCAGCACCUGGCGCAGCCCCUCGGCCUUGCCGUCUUCCAGGACUGGGCCUUCUGGACUGACCCCCACCGGGGCUCCCUGGUGGCCGCGCGGCUCCGGGGGGACUCCCCCAGCCCCCAGGUGGUGGCCCAGGAGCUUUUCAGCCCCGAGGCCGUUGUGGUUCUGCACCCGGGGAGGCAGCCGGCAGGCCCCAACCGCUGUGAGGGUCCCGGAGGUCUCUGCUCCUUCCUGUGCCUCCCCUCCCCUGCCCGAGGCCCCGGCUCCACCCAGUUCAGCUGCGCCUGCCCCGACGGGGAACACCUGGACAGUGACGGACGCACCUGUGUCACAGAGGCCCCUGGGACCCGUGAGCCCCUGACCCGGAACUUCAGCAGGGAGGGAAACGCCUCGACAGGUGACCUCGGCCAGGCGGGGGGGCCUGGGGGGGCCCGGCCGGGGCUGGCGGUGCUCGGGGUCCUGCUGCCCCUCGGGCUGGUGCUGUGCCUGGGGGUGGCAGCCAGGGCGCUGUGUCAGGAGUGGCGCCGGCGCAACACCAACAGCAUCAGCUUCAGCAAUGCCACCUUCCGGAAAGGGCCGGGGGACCCCCUGGACGGGGGGGGGCUGGGGGACCCCCUGCGGCCACUGACGUCAGAGGACGAGGAGCCCUGAGGAUUUGGGGGAGCCGAGACCCCCCCGGAGCCCCCUGGGGUGGGGCAGCAGCACCCAGGGGAGCUGCGGGGCUUGGGGCGGCCACACCUGGGAGCAGCUGCAUGCAGGUGGACACACCUGGGUGACAUCUGGAUACACCUGGGAACGGCCGUGCACACUCGGACGUGGCUGUUGACACACCUGGGAGCUCCCAGGCACACCUGGACAUGGCUGCAGACACACCUGUGCACACCUGGACAGGGCUGUGCACACCUGGACAUGGCUGCAGACACACCUGUGCA